AUGACCCCUCCAGCUGUCGCCCUUGGAAUAAUGGCCCCCAUUCAGGGUACAGGAGACGUUGCUCCUACAACUACUUUUUCUGACACAGGAGGAGUCCAUGAGGCCCGCCUAAGUCACAACAGAUUCAAUCAGAUUAAGGCUGGUGAAGGCUCCAGGGGGGCCCUCGAGGCUCCCCCUCACGCUGGUGUUCCGACGCGCGAGGCACCACAGGAGGGCAGUUGCAGUCGCUGCUGCAACUGCAACAGGAAGGGGAUGUGUGGUGACCGGAGUGUGACCCCUAGGAGGCAUUUGUACGAGGUAUCGGCCGCAGACGCCUCACUGGUGUCGUCCGUUGCGGCAUUGCUGCAGCACUUGGCGAUGCAGCGCAGCUCCGAAGGUUGUGGGGCCCCGUGUUUCUUGAGCGCGACAGAGCCGGUGAUCAGCGUGCCUGAUUAUCUGGAACGUCUUGCCCGGUUUUUUCAGUGCAGCAGGGAGUGCUUCGUGCUGGCUCUGGUGUACAUCGACCGGUUGUUGCAAAUGAACGCUCAUGUGUGGCUCUGCCCGCUGAACUUGCACCGACUGGCGGUGACGGCGCUCAUGGUAGCGGUCAAGUUCUCAGAUGACACGUUCUACUCGAAUGCAUACUACGCCAAAGUCGGAGGCCUCCCUCUGAAGGAAAUGAAUCAUCUGGAAGCGACCCUCCUCCGCAUGCUGCAGUUCAGGCUUCACGUCCUCCCAUGGGAGUUUCACAAGUACCUUCGGCUCGUCCUCAAGUCGCCUUUUUCUGCUGCUGCCUACAGAACAAAAGCCGUUGGGUGGGCAAGCGGCGCACUUGCACACCCGCAGUCCGGAGGAGUAGCGGCGGGGGAGCCCAGCAGGGAAGAGGUGGCCUGCGCGGAUGGCUGCAAGAGAGGGCAGCAGCAACGACAGCAGCCGUGCUGCAAUGCAUGCUGUUCUCCUUCUUUUUCGGGCUCUACCGGCUACUCUUCUGGCAGUUCGCAGUCCAUUUCCCCUCCAAGUACCCCUGAGGCCACUGUAGCCAAGUCGCCGGAGCAGCAGCACAUCAAACGUUCCAAAUCGAGUUCGUGGUUCAAUCCUUCAAAACAGUUCCCUCCCGUCUCGCCCUCUACCUACCCUCAGCUACCGGCAUGA